AUGAUCGACACAAAAGCAGAAGAUGGCAGAAAUGGUGGAGGACCUGCUGGGUCCUUGAUUAUUGGACUGUUGAGGUCAGUACUAGUUAUGUCAGCACAGGAAUGGGGAAUCUGCCUGAGGGGAAAAGGUGUAGCAUCUAUGACUGUGCCAGUGUACAUCGCAGAAGUUGCUCCACCGCACUUAAGAGGCAGAUUAGUCACCAUUAACACUCUGUUCAUCACCGGAGGGCAGUUUUUUGCAAGCGUCGUCGAUGGAAUCUUCAGCUACCUCGUGAAGGACGGGUGGAGGUACAUGCUGGGCCUGUCAGCUGUUCCAGCAGUUAUACAGUUUCUUGGAUUCCUCUUUCUUCCUGAAAGUCCACGCUGGCUCAUUCAGAAAGGCCAGACUCAGAGAGCCCGGAGAAUUCUGUCUCAGAUGCGUGGCAACCAGGCAAUUGAUGAGGAGUACGACAGUAUCAAAAACAACAUAGAAGAAGAAGAAAACGAAGUUGGAGCAGCUGGACCUGUGAUCUGCAGAAUGCUAACAUACCCUCCAACUCGAAGAGCCUUAAUUGUGGGUUGUGGUCUGCAGAUGUUUCAACAACUGUCAGGGAUUAACACCGUCAUGUACUACAGUGCUACCAUUUUGCAGAUGUCAGGAGUUGAAGACGACAGGCUUGCAAUCUGGCUGGCUGCACUGACAGCAUUUAUAAACUUCAUUUUUACCCUCGUGGGAGUCUGGCUCGUUGAAAGAAUGGGUCGCCGGAAACUUACACUUGGUAGCUUAACAGGUACUGCUGUAGCACUCAUUAUCCUAGCUUCGGGAUUUUUGCUAUCAGCUCAGGUCUCGCCAAGAAUCACACUUAAUCCACCAGAUCCUUCACAUCAAAACUCUACCUGCACAAAAUACAGUUACUGCAAUGGAUGUAUGUUAGAUCCAGACUGUGGUCUCUGCUACAAAUUGAAUAAAUCAAGUGUUGUUGAGUCCUCAUGCAUUCCUGUUGAUAGAGAUUCUACAAUGAAAGCAGCAUGGGGAAGGUGUUCAAAUGAAACAGUAUUCAAAAAGGAAGAUUUGUUCUGGGCAUACAAUUUCUGCCCCACUCCAUACUCUUGGACAGCACUUCUGGGCCUUAUUUUAUACUUGGUUUUCUUUGCACCUGGGAUGGGUCCUAUGCCCUGGACCAUCAAUUCUGAAAUUUACCCACUUUGGGCUAGAAGUACAGGAAACGCAUGUUCCUCUGGAGUCAACUGGGUUUUCAACGUGCUCGUGUCGCUGACCUUUCUGCAUACGGCUGAAUAUCUGACGUACUAUGGAGCCUUCUUCCUCUACGCGGGGUUUGCUGGCCUGGGACUGGUUUUCAUCUACGGCUGCCUUCCCGAGACUAAAGGGAAAAAACUAGAGGAAAUUGAAUCUCUGUUUGAAAACAGGCUGUGUACAUGUGGCAGCGCUGGGGCUUUUUAGCAGCAGCAGAGCAUCCCUCUCUGCCAGCCUUGUUUCACGGAUGUCCUCAGAAGUGGAGCUCAGCUGCGUACUGCGCUGGGCUCAUUUUCUCACACAGGUUCGAUCUUACCGAAAGCAGCUUUCUGAAGGUUUGCAUCCCGCGCGCUUUUUCUUGAGGCAGAACGAUUGAAACUCAUCCAUUUUGUUCAUCAUUGCUACUGGCUAAGAGGGUGCAAAAUAUUUCAGCUUCUUUAUUGUCACUCCCCCUUCCCUGCCCGCAGAGAGUUGGGUUUAAGUCUUCCUUUUAGGGUUGCUUUACACCAAGAUAACAUUCCAUACCUUAGAAACACUGAACCUAGUACCAAGCAUCAUGUGUAAUAAAAUGGGAUCAAAUACUUGAAAUUAAUCUUACACAAUUAGGGUUUUAUUUUUAGAAUCUGUGAAAAUUUAUAAUGUAUGAAGAAAAUUAAAUAAAAAGUUUCUAUUUUGCAAAGAUUUUUUAUAUUUGUGCAUAUUUUAAGUUUUAAGAGAUUUUUGCUAAAGGUAGACUUAGUAACAUUCCAGAUAAAAGAAUAAAAAUAAACUGUAGCUGAAUAAUUACUUAUGACAGGAUUUUAAUUUAUGAAGUAACAUGAAUAGUAUGUCUAAGCACAAUAUCGUUUUAUUGAAAGCUUUCUGCAGAAGAUGUGAAAUUGUUUCUUCACAAGGACUGCACUCUCAAUUCAGGUAUUCUGCGCAUCAGGAAUGCUAGAGUGAUGCUGCUGGUGGAGUGGGGCAUGAAUCACUUCUUGAUUAUACACAAAAAUUUGAGAUAUUUUAAUUCUGAUUAAUCUACCGACUCUACCUGUUUUGGUUUAGGAGUCAGUAUAAAAGAAACAAGUUCUGAUGCAUUUUUAAUAUUUUUAAAUUUUAUUCACAUACAGUAGUUUGUUCACCAAGUUGCAAAUCUGAAGAGUUGGGGGGUUGAGAUAAUUUGCCACUUGUUUCUUCCCCUUGUCGCUUUGUUGAUCAAAAUCAGUUUUUAACAAGGGAAGCAAACCUGGUUUGAAAACAGACAUAGAAACGAAGCAAGGCCCCAGGACUCGUUUGAGGGCUGAAGUUGUGUUGCUACGUGUGCACCUUAGACAGAGCGCUCUCAUAGACCUUGCUACCUUCUGAGUUGCAGUGACAGCCCUCUCAGAAAUUUUGGGACGAUGCAUCAAAAGCCCCAUGAAGUCACGUUUCCGUAGAGAUGGGUGUCAUAGCCAACAGGAGCAGUCUCCGACUUCUCUCCCGUGUGGGAGAAAGAUGGUGGGGCCAAGGGACUGUGCUUGGAUGGGAACAGGGCUGGCAGACUGAGGGGGGAGAAGCACAAAAGUGCUCCUCUCCUGUGCCCACGUGGAGGUGAGAACAUGGCAACGGAGCUUGCAAAGCUCAUACUACUUUCCUUGGGGAGAUCUCUUUUGCCCUUCUUAGCCCCUCGGGUCAAGCACUGGGGAGAAGUUUUGAGUUUCAGGGGCUGCUACAGGCCCUGAGCAAGGGUCUUCCCUUCAGCCAUGAGGGUGUUGGGUGCAGUCCCACAAGCGCACAGCGGGCUAAUAAAAGAGAGACCCCGUACUUCUCAGCUUUACACCCAAUUUUCUGCUUCUUAACGUCAACGCUCUUCUAACGUGGUCUUGAAGUUUUACUUGUACUUGCAUAAGAGGCUUUGUUAGCUGAACCUCACUGUGUGAGAAGGAGGCAGAGUCUUCACAGCAUAGAGAUAUCUCUGGGUAGAAAUCAAGGCAGAAGAGACAGUUCUGCAAAGCACUUUAAGGAGUGAGAUAUUUGUGCUCUUUUUUCCGAGAGAGUCAAGCUAACCAAACCCCAUUCCUCUGCAUUGGGAAGAAAAUUGAGCUUUGUGUACCAGGCCAGAAGCAGAUAAUGCCACAAUAUGUGCUUUAUGGCAAAAUGUGUUUUUAUUGCGGGUAACAUUUACAGCUUACAUGUAGCUGCUGCCUAUAAGUGACUCAAUCGUUCUCUGGAUUUUAACAAGUCACAUUUUUGUGCAGAAAUCUUAGUGGUUUUCUAUCGAUCUUCAUCGCCUUGUGUACAGUACAGUUAAGCAUAAUCCACAAAGUGGUCUAGGUUGUGGCAGUGUUACCAAUGUCAGCACAGUAAAAUCUAGGUGAACAUUGUUACAGAAAUAUUGUUGUUUGUGAUACUGGGGGUUAAAACUCCUUAAAGGCAACUAUAUAGAUUUUAAAGGUCUGAAAAAAAAAAAUGGCAGUUCUUAUCUAUUUUGUGUAUGUUUUCAUAUAGAGGAGGAGUUUUUUAUGUGCCAAUAACCAUCACUGUAGUGUUUUGUAACUGGGUGUUAAUGGUGUUCCAGAGUUCUGUAUAUGAGAAUAUCCUUUAGCCACAAUGACCUGUUAGUGUGAACCAGCGGCAUGUUUUUAAUCUUACUCACGCCUCUCGUCGGAGGUGCUCACUCGUCGGCUUCAGUAGAGCUCGCUCAAGCCAGGGGAAGUUUGACCAGCAUCAGGCCUCAAGAAUACAGAGUUUAUCUAAAUCCCCGCUUUUUCACGUUGUCCCUAGACAGUGUGUUACAUGUGAAUGAUCUGGCACGUGUAAUUAUAAAGCUUCGACUCUGUUUCAGUUGCACUCCUCAGUCCUGUUGAGGUAACAGUUUGUCAACAUUUGGUUCCUUGCAUUUAUAUAAAUAAGGGGUGCACUGAUUAGUUAUGGAUAAUGCCCACCUGUUUCUAAAGGAAACAUCAGUUUCUGGAGUGUUAAAAUAAAGGCAAGUUUCUCUUGCUGCCUUAAACAUUGCACAGACUUUGGAGAGGACUGAAUCUAUGGCCGUCAUCGUGACUUCUGCAGGAGAAACUUCAUGGAUCCUCUGCAGGUGUGAAGGGAAGUGGUUUCGUGGUGCUGGGGUGCUGUGGUCCACCGCAGGCCCUGCCUAGCGCACGCCUGCCAUCCGUUUGAUUUUAAGUCUUCAAUUAGUCCCCAUGAAAUUGGUAGGAUUAUUCAUAUGCUUGAUGUUCUCCAUGCGCUCGGUGUCCUGCUGGUCCAGGGCACGGCUGGGAAGUGGCACAAGUCACGUCUCUGCUUUCCAUCGUGAAUCUCACACCCCUACAAAACCCUUAACCGGAUCUUUCUGUGACAAAGUCUAUGUAGAGUAUUGGGGACGUUAUUGGAGACCAAAUUGAUAGUAAUACUUCCGUGUUGAAUGACAACAUGCGCAUGACGCCAUCAGGCACACAGUAAUCCCUGGGGGCCUGUUAGGUAUUUGGUACAAAACGGAUUUUGGCAAAACUACUUGUCGGGUCGUCCAAGUCAUUUCUUAACCAUGUCAAACGCGCCACUUCCUUUUGCAACCAGUCAAGCCUAUAA